CUCGUUUUGUUUCGUAAAACAAGUCUAUCGAAAAUCUUCCACAUCUAGUGAAAAGUGCAAAAAAUAAUCCGAAAAAGUUUUCUUUUUUAGCAAAUAACGCUGCAUCCACCCAUAAAAAAUCACAGCGCUUACUUUUCUUAAGUAGCAUAACGGGGAUCAAGGGUUAGGGGGUCAGAAAUCCCGAACAUAUAAACAGAUAAGGACAAUCAUCGAACAGAAUUUUCCCUCCCUCAGACGUACUACCAAUACACACAAACUCACUCAUGAAAUUCCCAUCUAUGCAAGGGACAAGGGCGGUGUAUUCCAUUAGCAUUUUUCUUAGCAUUCUUUGGGGCUAUUGCUUGGUUUCAAGCUCUAUGUUUAGAUCGAUUAUUUGGUAAAGAAACACAAAUAUUACUUUCUGAAUUUUGCCUCAUUAUAUUCUGUUCUAUCGAUUAAAAAACAAAACAAAAACACCUUUUCAAAAUGACUAACAUCCAGAGUAUAGAAAAUGUGGAGGACUGCACUCCCCUUUACUUACCACACAGCUUGUAUCUCAAGCCGCUGGCCAAAAUGCAAAUCUCCGUAUCACUGCCCACGAUCAAGUCCGGAAAAUCCGUGUCCAACCUGGAGAUAAUGGACAAACUGAGCAUCGAGCUCAAGCCAGACAAGUUUCUGGUGCUCCGAGUCUCAAAGACCACUGUGAACGCCAUCCGUUUGGAAGCUGAGUUAGAUGAACGAAAACGUCUCCGACCGGCCAUCCAACGCAUUGACGGAAUUUCUCUGCGCAUCUCUGGAUUCAGUGAGUCGUUCCGAGUGCGAUGCACCGAGCAGAAAGAUGAGUUUCCCACUCGACACGACUGGGAUUCUUAUUUUCGUGAUGCCCGAAACAUGGAUGAAAUGAAGGCGGGCGAACGACCGGAUACCAUUCACCUGAGUCACCUGCCCAUGCGCUGGUUUUGCCCUCGGCACUCGGAACAUGAAGAGCAAGUCAAACCCAGCGAAAGCAUCUUUAAACGAAUUUUCGAAAAGUACGGUCGCGUCCGGAUGGUUGACAUACCAAUUUGUGAUCCGUAUCGGAAGAACAUGCAAGCGGACAUUAACGGCAUGCGAACGUUUAGCUUCGAGCAGGAUGUUCUCUUCGAAGCAUAUGUUCAAUUCGAGGAAUACUCUAGCUUUGUUCGUGCCAUGGACGAGUUUAGAGGCACCAAGUUGGUCCGGAAGUUUGUGGACAAGACGCAGGCAAUCAACAUUUGCGUUAACUUUGACAAGGAAAAGCAUCUUAGCGACUCGCACGUGCAGCGCCGGGAACGUAUGCGGAAGAAGUGCAUCGCAAAAGCCCAGGCCGAGGAAGAGGAGCGAGAGAGGCUUAAGAAACAGCAUGAGGAACAACUGGAACGUGAAAGGCAAAAGCAAGAAGAAAUGAAAACAGCGGAAGCGGAAAAGCAGCGUGAACGCGAAGAAAAACGGAAAGAAAAACACCUAAAAAAGAUCCAAGAACGUGGUCAGGUUGAGAUCUCUCAAAAGAUACGCGUCGAGGAGCGCAAGCUGAUGAUAGCCCAACGCAAACUGGAGAGUAUACGGACGCUAGAAAAGCUAUUCGAGCGGAUACAGCUGAAGCAAAAGAACAAAAACCACCGAGCGAAGCACGAUGAAGUUAAGGACAUCCAACGUGAGCGCUUGGUGGAAAAGUACAAAGCGGCAACAGAGAAGCUUGUCUGUGAUCAACGAAAAAUCGUGCAGGACAUUAAAAGUAAUACUCCACUAAUGGGUCUUCUGAAGAGCAAAUCCAAAAAGAGUGUAGCACCCACGGACGCAAGCAGCGAUGACGAAUCGGCGGCCAGUAAGAGGCAUAAAUUGGGCAACGGCGUAGCGGACACUGCAUCAUCUGGCGAUGUUAACUCCGCAUUAAACCCUUUGAAAGCGGCGGCCAGCGAAUGGAUGCAGUCACUCUCAAUGUUUGGAUAUGGCUUGCCAGGUGUAUUCCCCGGAGCUCUUUAUCGUCCGGCGGCUCCGUUUCCAGUCUCUAGCAAUUAUCGUGGUUUUGCACCUCGUUCUCGAGGUCGUGGAAGAGGCCGUGGCAUCGGGAUAAGAGGCAGUCGUUCCGGAUAUGACUCAUAUUACAAUUCCAAGCACGAUCGCUAUGGUGAGGAGGGCGACAACGGCUACUAUCACAAAUCAUCACGCGGCAGAAAUCGCUCACGUUCGUCAUCUUCUUAUUCGAGGAGCCGCAGUCGUUCCCGGGGACGCCGUAUUGUUUGUCGUUCCAGGCGCUCAAAGUCACGCAGUCGUUCACACUAUCGAAAGUCAUCGUACUCAUCAAGAUCAAGACGAAGCCACAGCAGAUCCUCGCGCAGUCGCAGCAAUACGCCAUCACAGCGCAAGAACCGCAAACUGGCAUCUACUCGUCGAUCACGAUCCACCAGCUAUUCGCGGUCGCGUUCCCGCUCCCAUUCCCGCAGGCGCUCCAACUCACGGCGUGAUCACCGAAGUCGUCAUCAUAGCAGUCGGAGCAACAGCAGAACUCGGAGCCACUCACCGAAUGAAGUUAAACUGGAGGCCGACAAGUUGGUGGCUUCCGCCGAGAAAAUACAGCGAACCAUCGAACAGCAUACCAAGGACCGGAUGCGUGAGGAGGCGCGCGAAAUCAAGGAGAAUUUUAGACAUGUCCGCACCAACAGUCACAACAGCAACCACGUGGACGUCCGUCCGGAAGAGGAAGCUAACGAAAGACGUGGCAGCAUCAGCAAACGCAGCAGUCGCCGCAAUUCACUGGCUGCCUGAAACGUAUUCAUUAGUUUAAUUUUUAGUAAGAGUAAAUAAAUAUAUCAAAGUUGUUCUCCAA